GAAUGAACCACUGCAGAAUGUUUCAGAACAUCUCUCAUUGACGUCUUAGUCAGGAAACAGGAGUUCCAGCUUUUACAAUUCGACUGCAAGCAUAGAAUCACUGAUUUCCAAGUACAUUCUUUUUGUCUUUCAAGAGACUGUUCAAUACUGCUACUAAGAUACUCAAGCGAUUGUUCGGAGCUGACAAUGGAUGAAACGAAUGUGGCAAAAAGGAAGAUUGACUCAGAGAAGAACAGGAGCCUAGAAACCACUGAAGUAGAGUUGGAAUUCAAACAGAAUAAAGCGACAAGUGUAGCUUUACAGAAACAGGUUGGCUUGAUUAGUGGUAUCAGUCUCAUUGUAGGGACUAUGAUUGGCUCAGGAAUUUUUAUAUCACCUAAAUCUGUCUUAUCCAAUACUGGAGCGGUGGGCCCUUGUUUGACUAUCUGGGCAGCUUGUGGAGUCCUAGCAACAAUGGGUGCUCUAUGCUAUGCAGAUCUGGGAACAAUGAUUCCUCAAUCAGGAGGAGAAUAUUCAUAUCUCCUGGAAGCUUUUGGCCCAAUUCCUGCUUUCCUGUACUCUUGGAUGAGUAUAAUUGUUGUAAAGCCUUCUUCAUUUGCUAUCAUUUCCUUGAGUUUUGCUGAAUAUGCAGCAGCACCCUUCUAUCCUGGCUGUGAACCCCCAAAUAUUGCCAUCAAGUGCCUUGCUGCUGUUGCUAUAAUUUUAAUCACAUUGGUGAACUCCCUGAGUGUCAAGCUUGCUUCCUACCUUCAGAACUUUUUAACUGCUGCUAAGCUGCUGAUCGUUGCUGUCAUCACAGUAGCUGGAAUUAUUCUGAUUGCACAAGGAAAUACACACAACUUUAAAAAUUCCUUUGAUGGAGCUCAGACCUCAUUUGGUUCUAUUGGUUUGGCAUUUUAUAAUGGACUCUGGGCUUAUGAUGGAUGGAAUCAACUCAAUUUUAUCACUGAAGAACUCAAGAAUCCAUACAGAGAUUUACCACUUUCCAUCAUCAUUGGAAUUCCUUUGGUCACAGUUUGUUACAUCCUGGUUAACGUUGCAUAUUUUACAGCGAUGACUCCCACUGAACUAAUACAAUCUCCUGCUGUCGCUGUAACUUUUGGAGAUCGGGUACUCACACCAGUCUCUUGGAUAGUUCCACUUUUUGUUGUAUUUUCUACCUUUGGAGCUGCAAAUGGUUCCUGUUUCACGGCUGGCAGGCUUACAUUAGUUACAGCCCGGGAGGGUCAUAUGGUUAAGUUGUUGUCAUACAUCAACAUCAAACGUUUAACACCGGCACCAGCUCUCCUGUUCAAUGGAAUUCUAGCUAUUAUCUACAUAAUUCCAGCAGAUAUCAACACCCUUAUAAAUUACUUCAGCUUUGCUUCCUGGAUUUUUUAUGGACUGACUAUAUUCUCAGCGAUCGUCAUGAGAUUUACAAGAAAAUCUCUAAGAAGACCAGUAAAGGUUCCCAUAAUUUUUCCAGUCAUUGUAACUAUUGUUGCCGUCUACUUGGUUCUUGCUCCUAUCAUUGAUGCGCCAGACUGGGCUUACCUGUACUGUGCACUAUUCAUUGUGGGAGGACUGAUGUUUUAUGUCUUGUUUAUUUAUUUUCACUUCAGUUGGAUCCAUAAAAUAAUGAGGCCUUUUACCAUGCAUUUGCAGCUGCUGAUGGAGGUGGGACCAGAAGAGACUGAAAAGUAAAAUUAUUAAUCAAUACACUGUUAAUUCUGUUUCUAAUGUUUUCAAUUAUUCAAGGUGGUAAGAAAGGUACUUGCAAAUAUAUUAACUGCAUCAUUUUUGGAGAACAGCACCAAUUCUCACUCCUUAAUCUUGAGUAUACAUAUACUAACAGUUAAGUAAAUUCUGUUCUUUACAACAUUCUGUUGUAUAUAUUCCAUCUCAUUAACAAAUUGAGUGUACAUUUAGAACAUUAAUAUUAAAAGUUAAUGUGGUGUAGAAUGUUUGUGGAUGUUAUAAAAAUUUACUUUGAAAGCUGUAUUUAUUUAUUUAAGUACCAACAUCAAGUGGUUUACCAUUCUAUUUUUCCAUGCAGGAAAUGCUGGUCUUCAAUCUAGUUGCAGAGCAAUGCAUUGGGCAAAAUAAUAAAUAUUUUCUGGAAGGGUCUAAAUCAUCCUUUCCACUUCAAUAGUUAUCUUACUUGUGGUAGGGACUGAGAAUUUUUGUUUGUUUUUGUAAAUAUGAGAACUGUGUGGCAUCAGUCUGGGAAUAGCAUUUGAUACUGGAAGUCUAAAAGUGUGUGUAUAAGCCUACAUGUGAAAUACAGUAUCAAUAAGCACAUGA